UACAGACAGGUGAACUACACAAGCAAACUGAGCAAGAGCCAAGAGCUAGCUAUAAAAGUUGAACCAGGUCAAGGUCUUGUAAGCUCUAGGGAACAAGAAGAAGAAGAAGCCUUCCUCGUUGUUGAGUAAAGGGGUGUGUUGUGUAAAUUGUUCUGCACGGCCCAAGUAACUUGUUACAAGUGAUUUUGUUUUCCAGGACCCUUCCUUGAGCUCCAGAACAUCAAACAAAAGAAGCAGACUUGAUGGCGAUGUCGUCGAUAGGAGGGAUGCCUGAACUGGGAAUGGAAGAUCCCUACUUCAUCAACCAGUGGCACAUGAACUCUCUGGAUGAAGUCAGCAUGCUGCCACCAGCAGCUGCAUUUGGAGAGAACUUUAACCAGUCUCACUUUCACCCAAAUUUCAAUCUUAAAACUUCUAUGGAUAGUUCUCAUGGUGGCAUUCAUAGACCCAUGAAACAGCUCAAAACUGAUGGCUGGAGUUCAUGCAAAACCGAUCACCACGAAUCGAACCCACAAGUUGCUUCCUCUCCAAAUUUCCUUUCCUUUGUCAACUCUAAUAGCACAAACCAAAUGGGGGUUCUUAAGCCUAAGGAGGAGGCAGCAGUGUGUUCAAAGAGCAACAACAGUCUCCCUUCUGAUAUAUUGCUAUCUCAAAGUUCAUUUGGCAACCAAAGUUAUUUGUUUAAGGCCAGUCAGGGAACAAAGAGGGUCAACACAAACACUAGGCUUUCUACAACUCAAGAUCACAUUAUUGCAGAAAGGAAAAGGAGAGAGAAGCUCAGCCAACGGUUCAUAGCUUUAUCUGCAAUGGUUCCUGGCCUAAAGAAGAUGGACAAGGCUUCUGUUCUUGGAGAUGCUAUCAAGUAUAUCAAACAACUGCAGGACAAGGUAAAGACACUUGAGGAACAGACCAGAAAGAAAAACAUGGAAUCCGUCGUCUUUGUGAAGAAAACGCAGCUCUUCGCCAAAGAUGACAACUCAUCCUCAGAAGAAAAUAACUCCAGUGGCCCCUUUGAUGAGACACUACCUGAAAUUGAAGCAAGGUUCUGUGACAACAAUGUCAUGAUAAGAAUUCACUGUGAGAAAAGAAAAGGAGUUGUGGAGAAAACUAUAGCAGAGGUUGAGAAGCUCCAACUUAAGUUCAUCAAUAGCAGUGUCUUGACAUUUGGGGGCUGUGCUCUUGAUGUAACCAUUAUUGCUCAGAUGGAAGUGGAAUUCAGCCUCUCAGUGAAGGAACUUGUCAAGAAUCUACGAUCCGCUUUCGACAUGUUCAUGUGAAAAAGAAGCCUCAACUAAGCUUUUAUGUUGCAGCCAGAAGCUUCAAAAUAAAUAACAAUAUGUCUUCAAAUAUCCAACCAGUCCAAGUUUACCUUUCUAAGAAUUUCUGUUUACAAGGCCUGCAAUCCUCCACCAAGUUUAGAACCAGUACCUUCAAGCUUGUUUGCUGUCAGAUUAUUUUGCAGGUGGGUUUUUUACUCCAAAUUUUUUUGCAUGGUUAACUUGUUGACCAUGUUCAGUUGCCCACCUGUUUAAACAAGUGAUCUCACAGCUUGUUUGAGCUUUUUUUUCAAAGGAGUUUGCUUAUCCUAAGUUGUUGGCAAGGGAAAAAAGUCUUUUUUGUAGGUGAGGAUAAAAAACAGGCAUUUGUUUUAGUAGUUUGUUUGGUCAGUGUUUUAGAGGCAUCUUGAAUU